AGAAGUGCCAAAUAUGUCAUCUGAAAUGUUGCCAGCUUUUAUUGAGACUUCUGAUGUUGAAAGAAAAAACAACUUAAAUGAAAAUCAAGAGGAGAGCCAGAAGCCAAGCUCAGGUGAAGGAUUUAAAUCAAUAUCUAAACGACAAAUGAAGAAGCUCAUGAAACAAAAGCAAUGGGAAGAACAACGAGAACUCCGCAAACAAAGGCGAAAAGAAAAACGCAAGAGAAAAAAAUUAGAGCGACAAUGUCAACUGGAAUCAAACUCUGAUGGAAAUGACAGAAAACGUAUUCGAAGAGAUGUUGUUCAAAGCACACUCCGCCUAAUCAUUGACUGUAGUUUUGAUGACUUGAUGGUAUUAAAGGACAUUAAGAAACUUCAUAAGCAGAUUCAACGGUGCUAUGCAGAGAACCGACGAGCCUUGCAUCCUGUGCAGUUUUACUUGACAAGCCAUGGAGGCCAACUGAAAAAAAACAUGGAUGAAAAUGACAAAGGAUGGGUCAACUGGAAGGAUAUCCACAUCAAGCCAGAGCACUACAGUGAACUCAUAAAGAAAGAAGACCUGAUUUAUCUUACAUCAGAUUCACCCAAUAUACUGAAGGAAUUAGAUGAAUCAAAAGCCUAUGUGAUUGGAGGAUUAGUAGAUCACAAUCAUCACAAGGGACUCACAUAUAAACAAGCAUCAGAUUAUGGAAUUGAACAUGCACAGCUUCCACUUGGAAAUUUUGUGAAGAUGAAUAGUCGAAAAGUUUUAGCAGUUAAUCAUGUGUUUGAGAUUAUUCUGGAAUACCUGGAAGCAAGAGACUGGCAAGAGGCAUUUUUUACUAUCUUACCCCAACGUAAAGGAGCUGUUCCCACAGAAAAAGCUUGUGAAAGUUCUUCACAUGACAAGAAAUCUCCCAAUGUUGAAGGUGGAUUGGACAGUGAUUCCAGUGAGGAGGAAUACAGCAGAAAUGAGCUGGAUUCAGUCCAUGAAGAAGAAAAGCAGGAUGAAGAAAAUAACACUGAGUCCACAGUGAACUCUGUACCACACUAG